AUGAUGGAACCCUCUGAAGACUCAUUUGAGACGAUGAUGGAGCUUAAGAAUCCAUCAUCAAAACAAAUGGAGUCCUCCGAGGGCUCAUCCAACACCGUUGAAGAGACACCAGGCAGCAGCGGGGCACAGGCGCAGGCAGAGGCGGGCUCAGACAGUGGCCCCGUCGAGGAGGGAGAAGAGCAGUCCAGUGGCCCCGUCCAGGAGGGAGAAGAGGGAGAAGAGCAGUCCAGUGGCCCCGUCCAGGAGGGAGAAGAGCAGUCCAGUGGCCCCAUCGAGGAGGGAGAAGAGCAGUCCAGUGGCCCCGUUGAGGAGGGAGAAGAGCAGUCCAGUGGCCCCGUCGAGGAGGGAGAAGAGCAGUCCAGUGGCCCCGUCCAGGAGGGAGAAGAGGGAGAAGAGCAGUCCAGUGGCCCCGUCGAGGAGGGAGAAGAGCACAGUCCAGUGGCCCAGUCCAGGAGGGAGAGCAGUCCACUUGAAGGCGAGGGUCAGCCCAGGAGCUCUCCGGAAGAAGUCAUGACCACGAUGGGGACCAUCAUCUCCAUGUUCCUCCGAAUGCAAGAUGUCAGACAACAGCACAUAGUGACAGAGGAGAUCUUGAUACAAGCCAUGGAGGAUGGCCAGCUGCCCACCAUCAGGCGCUUCUCUGGAGAUCGAAGAGAUUACCAUGAGUUCCUCGUGCUCUGCCAGAUGACCAUGCACAGCCAUGCAUCAAUGUUCUACAAUGACCACCUGCGAGUUAAGUUUGUCAUGCGCCAUAUGUCUGGCCUAGCCUUGGAGUGGGCCAAUGCCCUGGUAGAGGAGAACAGCCCCCUCAUAAACGACUACGAGGGCUUCCUGCAGGCCAUGUCAGAUAUGUUCGAGUACCGGCAGACGCUACGUGUGGCAGAAGACGCCAUGUUCAAACUCAGGCAGGGGCACCGCAGUGUGGCUGAUUACAUUAAUGAGUUCCAGAGUCUGGUACCCACCUUGGGCUGGCCAGAUGAAGUCCUGCAGGCCCACCUGUGCCAUGGGCUCAACGAAGACAUCAGGCACUAUCUGUUCCGGAUCCCUCAGCCGAAAUCCCUGAAGAAUCUGAUGGUGGUCGUCCUGCAAAUUGAAGACAAGCUGGCAGAGAGGAGAGCAGUGCUCAGGCUACCCCCCGAGUCUCGCCCAAGGAACAUGACCUGGAUCGACUCACCUGCCCCAGAGAAGUGGCGGGUGAGCAGCUGGCUGUCCCAUACGUACCAUCCAGACAUCGACCGUGCCCACCUCUUCCUGCUGCUCAUGGUGAGGGUGAGCCCCUACCACAGCGUCGCGGUACAGGCUCUGGUGGACUCUGGAGCAGAAGGGAACUACAUGGAUGAGAAGUUUGCCCAAGAACACUAUGUGGAGCUCUAUGAGAAACCCUAUCCACAGGCAAUCCAAACCGUGGAUGGCUCUCUGAUUGGCAACGAACCCAUCUGGCUGUACACGGAACCCCUGAUGUGCAUCCAACAGAACCAUUAUGAGUACAUUGAAUUUGACAUCGUACCUUCGCCCCACUACUCUGUGGUCUUAGGCAUCAAGUGGCUCCGAACCCAUGCACCUGACGUCGACUGGACCAGAGGCCGUUGCACCUUCCACUCUCCCUACUGCCUGAAGAAUUGCUUCCACCCACCCCCACCAUGCAUCGCACUGGAGAAAUACAGCGUGAGCCUGCUACCCGGAUUGCCACACUCGUACUCAGACCUGGCCGACGUGUUUAACCCGAAGGAAGCAGAUGAUGAGACUUCCGACCAGCCAAGCUCAGACGGAUCCGAUGAUCUUUCUGAAUCAGAGCCCUCUGAGCUUCAGCAGGCUGGAGACAGUGAUCGAAACGACGUCUUUUAUGAGUCUCCUUCCAAGGUGCCUUGGGAAUCUGUGGCAGCCAGGAUGCAACAAAAAGCCAGGCAGCAAGAGGAAUACUGGAUUUUGUAUGACAUGCUGACGGACAGACAGGACUACGUACAGAUGAUGCCAGAACUCUUUGACCAAUUACAUGGAGCUGCAUGGUUCACAAAACUGGAGCUGCGUAGGAACAUUAAGGGAACCCAUGAGACCUAUAGCGUCUCACACACAGAAGACACAUGGAAAGCAACAUUUGGUUUGACUGAUCACCAGAUGAGAUGCUACCGGCCCUUCACAUUGUGCUCAUUUGCCGACGAAUCUGAUAAUGAGAUUCACUCUAUCCUAAAAGACAUCCUAGGCUUCUACGUGAUUUGCCGUGGCCAAGAAGUCCUGAUCUACUCGAUGACCCAGGAGGAACACUUCGAGCAUGUACGCCAAGUUCUGCUUCGCUUUCGCCAUAACAAUGUCUACUGCUCACUGGACAGAAGCCAGUUCCAUUGCCAGACAGCAGAAAUCAUGGGCUUCGCACUAUUCCCCAAAGGGGUGAAACUCAACAAGACCCUCAUGAAUCUCAUUACGGGGUGCCCUGCCCCUGGCAACAGGAGGUGCCUCCAAGCCGUUAUCGAACUCAUGUAUCCCUACCGCCACUUUGUGGAACACUUCGCCAUCAUCGCAGAGCCCCUGGUGAGGCAGCUGCUAAGUUCGGCGCCCUUCUACUGGGGAGAAGAGGAGCAGGAGGCCUUGGAAUGCCUGAAGAGGGCUUUCCGCAAGGCACCCAUUCUCUACCACCCAAAGCCUCAGAACCCAUUCUACUUGGAAACAGGCAUCACUGGGUCAUCCCUGUAUGCCUCCCUGAUCCAAACUGAUGAAGAAACCGGCAAGAAAGCUACCUGCGCUUUCUACUCACGAAAACUCUCCCCAAUGGAGGUGGAUUACCCUCAAGUGGAGCUGAGGAUCCUUCCAAUUCGGGCUUCCUUCAUGGUGUGGAGCCGCUACCUGGAGAACACCGAGGAGCCCAUCAUGAUCCUUCUCAACACAGAGGAUCUAGCCUCUCUGAAUAAUGACAGGCUCACCGUACUUCUCCCCGGGCAUUGGGUCUUCUUCUUCUCUCACUUCCAUUUUGAUGUAAUGGAGUUGCCUGAUCAAGAUGACACCCGAGCCCUGUCCUAUAGGAGAAGUCAAAAUCAGAGAGGCUUCAGGGGCAGCUUUAUGCGGCCACUGCUGCUGCUUGCCCUGAGGGGAGGUCAAAGGGAUUCAUCCUCCGAGUCCCAGUCCGAAGACAGUGAAGACGAGUCAGAUCAAGAGUCGGCGGAGUUGAAUCGGCAGAGCCUGGUGCAGGAGCUACUGUCCGCCAUCCCAAUAGAGCAGAUUUUCAACAGCUUCCUGGCCCAAAUCAAUAUGGCCCAGAUCCGGGCCUUCGUCUACAACUUCUUCUAUUGCCUGCUCCGCUGGAAGAGUGUCGUGAGUGUGGCAGCUCUCCUGGUGAUAAUGAGGGUGAAGCGGCAACAAGUCUCUCCGCUGCCUGCCCCCUCUCUGGAGGUGGAGUACCCUCCGCCCCGACACACACUCCGACUCAUCCUGGACUCAAGCCUCAUUGCAGGUAGUGGCAUGGUCACAGCUCUUAUUCAGUUGUUCAGCCAGAUGCCCCCUCUUCUGGGUGCCAACACCAUUCCCGCUCGACAGUUGGCCGAAAUGUUCAUAAGGCCCAGGUGCUGGCAGCGUAAUGCUCUGCAUUCCCAGCCCCCACGGGGCCUGCGAUUCACCCCUGGGUUCUGGUUCACCCUGUGUCACUUCUUCGGGAUCAGAGCCAACCCUGAGGAGGACGUCUUCCCUGGCCCGCACGAGCGCCGAUACUUGGAGCUGCACGUCGUUGGUGAUGAAGAUGUCGUCUUGCGAGAAGCCCUGCAAGACGACCUGCAACGUUACCGUCAGUGUGGCCUGCAUGACGGCCUGCAAGACACCUCGCAGGACGCGCAGGACAACGACGUGCAAGAAGCCCUGCUUGGUGACCAAGAAGCGGUCACCUUCCGCCCACAAGAUCUGUUGGACCCAGAGGUCCUAGCUUUCCUCAACAACCGCCUACUCUACAUUCUGGGUGCCGAUGGCCGACUUACUCUGAUCAGCAGAGACGAAGUGGCCCAGGCCCUCACACGAUUCCUGAUCAUGGCCUCCAGAAUAAGACCGCCUCCUCCACCCAGCAACACACUAUCUUCAUCAGAUGAUGAACUUGACUGAAACACAACAAAGACUCUGCCAUCCUUCCUUGUGCCUCAGCCAGCUUCGCUUAAAUCCAGUGCCCCUUCUUGCCACUCCUGACCCAAGGGGAACCCAUUUGUGAAGGGCCACAACUUCAACUCAACCAGCAACAUCAUCUCUGCUAAAGGACUAGUCGACUACCAGCGUUCCAGAACCAGCUAAGACUGUGUAUGCAACCCUGUCCAAACUGUCCAAGACUGUGCAACCCUGUCCUCACUCUCCAAGACUGCGCAACCCUAUCCUAGCUGUCCGGGUCCCAAGCCCACAGCUGAGAGUGAAAGCAAUGAGAGGAGGAAGCAGUGAUGAGCAACAAUGACCCUGUCACCCCAGGCCAGAUGCAGAGCAGGCACAGCAGGCACAGCCAAGCAAGCAAAUGCCAGAACCCCCCCCACCACCACCACCACCCGAGUGGCGUGUGGCCACCUGUGCAUCCUGGGACACUGACCUCGGGUGCUCCACUGACUUCUACCUCCACACCGGUGUUCCAACUCCCCUGAACCCCACCUCUACCCCCUCCCAGCCUCCCGAGGUACUGCAGCCCACCCAGCAAGCAAGCCCACCCCACACUACCCAUCUGAUCUGGCUCCCCUGACACUUCAGCUGACCCUGAAAUCUGAACUCUGACCUUACCUGAGCAGAGCUGCUCAAUGGGGCAUCUGACGUACCAGUGUGACUUACCUGAUAGACUUGUCCACCUUGAAGGUCAGGGGACACCAAAAAAAAAGGUGGUACCAUCAAAUGGGGCUCCCUUUUCAAAAACGGACAACUGGACAGUGCAGGGGCCAGAGACCCCACAUAAAGAAAGGAGCCCCCAAGGACACUGGUGAAGCCCCGGAUACCCAG